UCUCUUUAUCUCUCUUUUGCUCUCUCUUUUAUCAAGCGUGCUAAAACAAGAUUUAUUUGCAAAAGGACUUCGCUCCAAAUUACAACAUUGUUUCGAAACAAAAGAAGGACGAUGGCUUUGAAAUAAUAAGCGCACAUAUUUGGAUAAUCCUCGAUGAUGUGCGAGAUUUCUAAGGUCCAACGAAGGAUCUUUCGCGAUCAAGAUCCGCCGCGAAUACGUGAUAAAGUAAAGGAUAAUCGUUUCUUAAAAAACGAAUCGGAAUUUUCCAAAUCUACGCCUAAUUCACCAACGGCAUUGCAACAAAGAGCAUCAACGUCCAGUUUGGAAAAAUGUUUGAGCGAUCCAGAAUUCUUAGAAAAAGAAUUAAAGAACGAGGAUUGUUCGAGAAUAAAUACAAAAGGAUCAGCAUCUUUUUCGUCAACCACAUCGUUAUCUUUGAAAGUUAACGUCAAUGAGAAACGAAAGGAAUCCUCUUUUUUUGCAUCGACGAACGUUCAGGAUUUCAUCGUCGAACUCUCUACGAAAGUGCCUUCGUCCUCUUCUUCUUCAUCUUCUUCUUCAUCUUCUUUUGGCGAUAAAAAGGUGAUUGCUAACGGUCUAAAGAACGAUCCCUCGGACAGCUGCGACGUUUUGACGAACGGAAGAAAAAUGGCACCAGUUUUGGGUGUCCCACCUCCACCACCGCCUGCACCUCAUAUGGGACCUGAUGGCCUAAUUUUACCUAGGAAACCUUACAACCCUUGCCUCACAUCUACCAAUCAUAAAGAUCUACGUAGAGAGUUACUUUUUAAUCAGAAAAUAGGUAGAAACGUGUUAAAUCAAAAAAGCGAGUUACAAAGAGCGUUAGAAAAGCAAAGAGAGAAUGCAUCUAGAAAAGAAGCUGAGAGAAUUCGUGAAGAAACUUUUAAAGAUGAUCCAAGGACAGCGUUACAAAGGGCGAUAGAGCAAAGGGCAAAACAUAUUCAAAUAAUGCAAGAGCAAUCACAACCAACGAUGAUUGAGCCAAAUAAUCUCUUGAUAACGGCGAGAGCGAAAUUAAGACCACGUACUGACUCGCAAUGAAUUAGAACAAAUGUGGAAAUUGGAUCGAGCGAUACGUGAAUUAGAACAAACAAACGAUCAUUACGUUUUUCUUCAUGGAUUUUAAUAUCGGACGAUCAUUUUUUUAGGACGUAAUUUUUGUGUAUAUAGAUAUACAUACAUGCAUACAUUUAUAUAUAUAUAUAUAUAUAAAUGUAUGUAUUUUUUAGAAAAGCAGGACCAUAAACUCGCACUCCUUAUAGCCAUAGAUAAGAAAAAAACAAAAACAAACGCGCGUAUUUAAGGGAAAAAAGAUGUAUGUAUUCCACAUGGGAACGACGAGUUUGUAAUAUUUUUUCCUUUUUUUCAUUUCUAAAGAUUGAACAGAGAAGAAAAAUAGAAAUGACUUUAGACUAUUUUUAUGAGGAGUACGAUUCGUAGUAAACGUUCAUGCAUAGAUAGUUCAAUGAUAAAAUACGAAUCGUUGGAUCGACUAUUAAAUGUCGAUGUUAAUUACCCUACAAGUUGCUUUCUGCUUAAACAUGGAAGUAUUAUGAUGAUGAUGAUGAUGACGAUGAUGAUGAUGAUGGUAAUGAUGAUGAUGAUGAUGAUGAUGAUGAUGAUGAUGAUGUAGAUUCGUGUUCAACAGACAAAGACGAAUUUAUUUAUAAUGAUCGUCUUUACACCAUGGUGAGAGAUUCUUCCGUGCCUCUAUAUGGGCUCGUUGCUGUUAGUCGGGACACACUAUACUUUCACUUGAUAAUAACCAUGAACCAUGAAAAAAGAAAGAAAAAAAAGUAUCUGUGAAAUUUUCUUGACUUGUAGAAAAAGUGUCGAUUGUAUUUUUUUUUUCUUUUUCUAUCGAUUUUAUUAACUCUAUUAAAGUAGGACUAUAACUCUGUUGCUUUUGGCUAAUAAAAUACAUAAUAAUUUUUCAACUUUUGGAAACUAUAAUUUAUAGUCAGACAAGCGAUCGAGACACCACGAACACCGAGAUAAUAUUCUUUUUUUUUGUGUGUGAAACAUAGAGAAAAUAUUGGAAUGAAUAUUUUGGGACCAUACAAAUAAAGCAAGAUUGGAUGAUGAGGAAGAAGGCCUUAAAUGAAAUAGCAAAGUCAGAUAUAUGAUAUAAGAUUUUGUGGAAGAGAAAAUAUAUAUCUGUAUUGUAACAUACCGUUUCAUAUAGUAAUAGUUAAUUAAUAAGUAGAAGCAUGUGGUUAUUGAUGCAUACGUUUCAAGACUGAGGGAACAUGGACGAGAUCAAGGCUUGAAUAUUCUAAUAUGUUUCAAAUUACUAUGUAGCGAAUUAAGAAAUACGAAAAUAGUAUCUA